AAUACAUAUUUAAUCGAAACCGGAAACGUGCGCGUUUUUGCUAGCUCCAUCGGUGCAUUAAAUCGGCCACCGUAGCUAAACGCAUCGAGAUCAUUUGCCGCAUGAUCAACCUUCCAACCCUAACCUCGAUUUGUAAAAUCGUAAAGCGAAUCAAAGUGAUGGAACAGAGGAGAGUUGUGAGUCGCCGACAUGUCGAGCAAAAGGGCCAAGGGCAAGAACACCAAAAAGCGCCCUCAGCGCGCCACCUCCAACGUGUUCGCCAUGUUCGACCAGUCCCAGAUCCAGGAGUUCAAAGAGGCCUUCAACAUGAUCGAUCAGAACAGGGACGGCUUCAUUGACAAGGAGGACCUCCACGACAUGCUGGCCUCUCUGGGUAAAAACCCCACCGACGACUACCUGGAGGCCAUGAUGAACGAAGCCCCCGGUCCCAUCAACUUCACCAUGUUCCUCACCAUGUUCGGGGAGAAGCUGAACGGCACCGACCCCGAGGACGUGAUCCGCAAUGCCUUCGCCUGCUUUGACGAGGAGGGCACGGGUCAGUUCGAAGCUGCGCGACAUGAGCGUCCAUCUUUCGGUCUGAUCCAGGAGGAGCAGCUGCGCGAGCUGUUGACCACCAUGGGCGACAGGUUCACGGAUGAGGAAGUGGACGAGCUCUUCCGGGAGGCGCCCAUCGACAAGAAGGGCAACUUCAACUACGUGGCGUUCACGCGCAUCCUCAAGCACGGCGCCAAGGACAAAGACGAUUAGCUGGCGCGCGACCGCCGGAGGGGUUUUUCCCGUGUAUAUUUCCGUCGUCAUGUGUUUUGUACGGCCCACUGCAAGGUUGGCGCGUAGCUGCUGCUUGCUUAUUUGCACAUCACUAAGAAUCUGUAUAAACGUCAACAUAUGUAUGUACUACAUUAAUAUAAACAAUGUUACUGUGACUUAUUAUUGUUAUUAAAUAUUGAUCACUUGAUACAAUCGGCACCUAGCCACCUUUGGACUUUAACAAAACUCCGCAAAGGUGGAAUAUUGCCAGACGUAAAAGCUAAAGAUGAUUAAAUUUGCUCUACUUCCAGGCUCAAAACUGCCUUUAAAUGCACAGGUGGCGUUUUAAGUCAUAUUUUGAUUGUCAUACAAGUGUAAAAAGAUAAUCAAUGCAAAAUGUAAUUAAGUCAAACUACUUGAAUAAUUUGCUUUCAUUCCAGGUACAGCACCAACUGCACCGAAGAAAGAAAGAAAACUAAUGACUCAAUUCUAGGCUCAAACUGUAAAACCAUUUUCCUCAUACAAGUAUUUAAAAAAAAAAAAAAAAAAAUGGGCAAUUACUGACCCCACCGUGUCAUAGAAAUAAAAUAAAAUUACCAAACGA